AACACAAUCUGCUCGUCGUCCAUGUCGGAUGAGCAAAGCUUUCUGACUUUUCCAGACUUUUAAGGACGUGAUUGUAGCCAUUCAGAAUCCAAAUAAACCUUUAGUGAUUCUCACGUGUACACACACUCGGUCUCAUCCAGGUCAUAAUACACACCUGGAUACGGGUAUUGCAGCUUUUAGGGAGGCGGUGUUUCAUUUUCAAGUUACUCCCUACGAAGUGGAGUCUCUUUAGUGCACUCGGACACGUUGAAUUGGGACACAUCCCGGACUCCAUCCCAGUGUCAGAAGAUGGCGGCGGCUGAACCGGAAGUUUCCCCAGAUGCUCCGAAUUCAGAGGAAGAUCAGUGCGACGGAACCAGCAGAGAAAUCGUGAAUACUGAAGAUUACAUCAAACAUCCACUACAGAACCGAUGGGCUCUCUGGUUCUUUAAGAAUGACAAAAGCAAAACAUGGCAAGCCAACCUGCGACUCAUCUCAAAGUUCGACACGGUUGAAGACUUCUGGGCACUUUACAAUCACAUCCAGCUCUCGAGUAACUUAAUGUCCGGAUGCGAUUACUCACUGUUUAAGGAUGGUAUUGAGCCCAUGUGGGAGGAUGAGAGGAAUAAACGUGGCGGACGCUGGCUUAUCACUCUGAAUAAACAACAGCGCAGAGCCGAUUUGGAUCGCUUCUGGCUCGAGACGGUCUGCAUUCUCUCUCACACUCACACUCACACACACACACACACACACACACACACACACACACACACACACUUUUACAUUGAGGUGUUUGUUCAUGUAGAACAUUGUACGUUUCAGCUCCUGUGUCUGGUGGGCGAAGCGUUCGACGAUCACAGUGACGAUGUGUGCGGCGCCGUCGUCAACGUUCGGACGAAAGGAGACAAAAUUGCAAUAUGGACGACAGACUAUGAGAACAAGGACGCAAUCGUACACAUAGGGCAUGUGUAUAAGGACAGAUUAGGAGUUCCACCCAAAGUCAUCAUCGGCUAUCAGUCUCACGCAGACACGGCCACGAAGAGCGGCUCCACCACCAAGAACAAAUUUGUUGUCUGAAAAGUGUAGCAGAAAUUCUUUAUCUAACAAAAGUGAAUACAUUCUCGUUGCCAGAUCUUUUACAGGAGAAAUCCACGGGUGUUUAUUUACAAUAUAAAUGAACACGUCUUCUUAUACUGCUGUACAGUGUAUAAAUGUGAAACCAUAUAUUUGUUUGUUUGUUUUUUAUUUCUUUAUACAUUUUUCCACUUUUUAUAUGCCUUUACUGCGUGUUAACUGAGAAAUGAGGCUUCAUGUCAUGGAGUGUGUUACGUUUCGAGUGUAAAAAAACCACAGGACUCUUGCCGAAUGCUAAACAUUUAUUAAGCUAAUUUAUUUCUUUUUUACUUUAUUUUAGAGCGAUGUUCAUUUCAGGCUGUUUUGUGCUCUUAUAACUCAUGCGUUUGUUUUUUUUCCUCCACUGUUUAAUAAUAAUCAUUAAAAAGGGAGUUUGGAGGAACACGUGAUUGUAUGAGACUGUACAAGAGAUGAGUGUAAAUAAAUUUGUACAGCGUGUUGUCUUAA